GUGUGCUUGAUCUUCAUGAUCGGAGAAGUCAUUGGUGGUUACGCUGCUCACAGUCUUGCUAUAAUGACCGAUGCUGCACAUCUUCUCACUGACUUUGGCAGUAUUUCGAUCAGUCUCUUUUCGUUGUGGAUUUCCUCUAGGCCACCGUCCAAACAUCUGACCUUUGGAUGGCAUCGAUCAGAGGUUUUAGGGGCUCUUCUGUCUGUUCUGUCCAUCUGGACAGUGACGGUGGUUCUUGUUCUCUUUGCCGUUCAGAGGCUCAUCAGUGAUGAUUAUGAGAUUCACAGUGAUAUCAUGAUGAUCACAGCUGCAUGCGCUGUAGUGCUCAACAUCUUUUUGGCAUUCAUUCUCCAUCAGUCUCCGGUCCGUCACUCUCACAGUCACAGUCUCUCAGAAGAGCACAGUAACACCAGCGUGAGGGCCGCUUUCAUUCACGUGCUGGGAGAUUUACUGCAGAGUUUAGGUGUGCUGCUGGCUGCCACCAUCGUCUACUUCAGGCCUGAAUGGAAAAUAGCAGAUCCUAUUUGUACUUUUCUGUUUUCGUUAUUUGUGCUUGGAACAACAUUCACCAUCCUGAAAGACAUCUUCAGAAUACUCAUGGAAGGAGUCCCGCGUGGUGUUGACUUUGACUCUGUGAAAGAUGUUCUCCUGUCAGUGUGUGGAGUCAAAUCAACACACAGUCUGCACAUGUGGGCUCUCACCGCGAGCGAAACCCAGCUCUCUGUGCAUGUGGUCAUAGAUGAGCAAACCAACCCACAGACCGUGCUGAAAGACAUGACCAGACUACUCCAGACAGAAUACAGAUUCGGCAAUAUCACCAUUCAGAUGGAGACACACACAGAUGUCAUGGCUGAUUGCUUACAGUGCCAGGAUCUGAUGGACUAACAUAUGAUUUUAGCUUCUCAUAUUGAUCUACA